AUAACCGGCUUAACCUAACCUUAAAAGUAGAGUGCACAAAAAUUCGGUUAAGUUCCAGAUUUCAACCACACGAAGCGGGUCUAGGACUUGACCGGCCCGCCACCCACACCUGCCAUGAACAGCCUAGUGCGCCGCACCCAGCAGCUAAGCCUCUGGCGUACAUAUUGCGUAAAACACAACGCUCCGGAGGCUGCCUCGGCCACUCGGAAUACAGGGAAGUCAAACUAUGGGGAGUUUAUUGGGCACCACCAGCGGCAGGCCCGGCGCAGCAUUGUGGUGCAGGUGAGCUCCGAGAAGUCGUAUGCGGAGUUGUAUAACUACUGCAGCCGCUUCGGCUCGAUCUUGGCUGCCCACCACUAUUGCGUUCGCCAGGAGGAGGCCCUGCACUACGUCCUGCUGGAGUACGCCACGCCGGGCGAAGCAGAGGCGGCUAUUGGUGCAGGGGUGACCAACGGCGAGCUGACCGGUGUGCCCGUGCGAUCGCCGUUUCUAUGGUUCCGGGCAGCCGCAGCGGGAGGUGGGAGACGUAGCCCCAAGUUGACUCCUAGCCCCAUGCCCCACCUGGUUUCACUCGACGGCACUCGGCAAGUUGAGCAGGCCCAUCUCCUGGAACUGAUGCGGAGUGCGCGGGAUAUCGAGGAGCAGGUGCAGCUGCUGCACGAGCACACACGGCUGAACGAGCUAGGCAUCCGCAUACGUUUCCUGGCAGCCCUGCAGGUGCAGCUGGCCAUUGCCGGUAUGUUCCCCGCCGCCCAGGCCCAUCCCUUUGGCUCCUCGGUCAAUGGAUUCGGACGGAUGGGUUGCGACUUGGACCUCAUCCUGCGCUUUGACAAUGAUAUGGGGGCCAAGAGCCCGCUGGAGGCGUCGGAACCUUCACGGCUGGUCUUCCACACCAAGGAGAACCUGAGCAACGGCCGCUCGCAGACGCAGCGGCACAUGGAGUGCUUCGGAGACAUGCUGCACCUGUUUCUGCCGGGCGUUUGCCAUGUGCGGCGCAUCUUGCAGGCGAGGGUACCCAUCAUCAAGUACCACCACGAGCACCUGGACCUGGAGGUGGACCUGUCCAUGAGCAACCUCACUGGUUUCUACAUGUCAGAGCUGCUGUACAUGUUCGGCGAAAUGGAUCCGCGCGUGCGUCCGCUGACCUUCAGCAUCCGGCGCUGGGCGCAGUCUUGUGGCCUAACGAAUCCCUCCCCCGGUCGGUGGAUCAGCAACUUCUCGCUGACCUGUCUUGUCAUGUUUUUUCUACAGCAACUGCGCCAGCCCAUCUUGCCCACCAUUGGAGCGCUGGCGAAGUCAGCUGAGCCAGGGGAUUCGCGGGUUACCGAGGAUGGGAUCAGCUGCUCCUUCGCCCGGAAUGUAGAGCGACUGGGCUUUAGAAGUCGGAACCAGAGCUCGAUGAGCGAACUGCUGCUGCAGUUCUUCGAGUUCUACUCGCAGUUCGACUUCCAUAACCGGGCCAUCUCGCUGAACGAAGGAAGGGGUCUGUCCAAGCCGGACCACUCGGCUAUGUACAUCGUGAACCCUUUGGAGCAGCUGCUCAACGUGAGCAAGAAUGUGAGCCUGGAGGAAUGCGAGCGGCUGCGCAUCGAGGUGCGGAACGCGGCUUGGGUUCUGGAGUCGGAGGUGGAAAAUGCCUCGCUUCCGGACGGCGAAGGCGAACGCCGGGAGCUCUCCUGGGGAGUGCUGAACUUGUUUAAGCACCCCGAAAGGGCCGUUAUUCGGCCGAACAUGUUCUUCAAGCCGCGCAUGGUGGAGGUCAGCGAUCUCUUCGAGCAGAAGGAGGCCGGUUCAAUGUCCAGCCCAAAUCCUCCGACGCCAGCAAUCACCUACAAUAAUGCCUCUGUGCGACAGCAGGUGCAGAGCAUUAAGGAAGCAACCCGCUCCGAGCUGAAGCAGCUCCGUGGAUCAGCGAGCUCCGUUUCGACGAACAGUCCCAAAAACCGAAGGAGCAACAGGUGAUGCUACAAAAACUGGCACUGAUCUUGUACAUACGUAGGAUUAACCACAACUCCACAUCCAAAUGUGGGUCAAGUUGGACCAACUGAAUGUUGUUCAAACUGUUAAACCUGUUAAGUAAGCUUAAGUCUAGAAUCGCGCCAAUGUUGAGUAUUUUAAUCGAUUUUUGUAUGACGAAAGACACCGAAAUUGUCAAGCCAGUUAGCCAUUAGUAAUCCUAAUUUGAUUUUGUGAAGAGAUGUUACUUUCCUAGCAAUAAAACAAAAAUUCAAAACAUGAUUACCAAAUACUAAGGUUAUGAAACAAAUUUAACUUUCUGAUAAGAAGUUACUUUCCUAGUUAAAAUUGUAAUAUUUCUCUUUAUAAAAUAAAAACACAAAAUAUAAUUACCAAAUA